UGUAUAUAUACACUCACAUGGUUAUGGCACCAUUUGAAAGCUCCUUUUAUAGCUGAAAGCCAAGAAAAAGAGAGAAGAAAGAUAGAGAAAAGAAGCAAACAAGGGGGAACUUGAAAGCAAGGCCAUGGGAAGACCUCCUUGCUGUGAUAAAGUUGGUAUCAAGAAAGGUCCAUGGACUCCUGAGGAAGACAUCAUUCUAGUCUCUUACAUCCAAGAACAUGGUCCAGGAAAUUGGAGAUCAGUUCCCACAAAUACUGGAUUGCUGAGAUGCAGCAAAAGUUGCAGGCUCAGAUGGACUAAUUACCUUAGACCAGGAAUCAAGCGAGGGAACUUCACUCCUCAUGAAGAAGGGAUGAUAAUUCAUUUGCAAGCAUUACUGGGUAACAAAUGGGCAGCCAUAGCUUCGUACCUACCACAAAGAACAGAUAAUGAUAUUAAGAAUUACUGGAACACCCACUUGAAGAAGAAGUUAAAGAAGUUUCAGUCAGCGUUGGAACCCAACAUGGCACAGGACUCAACUGCGACAAGUCCUCAGUUUGUUUCAAAAAGCCUCAAUGAGAGAAGGAGCAUAGAUUUUGGUACCCCGGCAGCUUCAACUACUCUUAGGCUAAACCAAACCAGCUCCUCCUCAUCUACAUAUGCUUCAAGCACUGAGAAUAUUUCGCGUCUGCUCGAAGGUUGGAUGAGAUCAUCACCAAAGACUAACAGUAGUAACAGUACUACCCUUCUUAAAGAAAAAUGGUCUCAUCAUCAAAAUAAUAGCAGCUUUGACAACAAUGAUAGUAUCGGUAGUACUUCAGCUGCAGCUACAACUUCUCUUCAAGGGGGUUAUAGACGGAAAGCGGAACAAGAAUGUGGUGAGUUGAUCUCUCAUGAAGAGUUUGAGUCCAUUUUAUCGUUUGAGAACAUGAACAAUGUUGCAUGGGACAAGUCUACAUGUGAUUCUACUUCAAAGGGUACUUGUCAAGAUUCUGGAAAUGAUGAUGACAAGGUCAACAAUGUUACAAUGACGCCGGAGACCAGGAAGCAAAAAGCUGAUCAGAACAAUAACAAUAAUCCUCCAUUGUCUUUUCUCGAGAAGUGGCUCUUGGAUGAGAGUUCUGGUCAAGUAGAAGAGAUGAAUCAGAUGAUGGAACUGUCUUCAAUUUUUUAAGAUUUUCAUUUUCAUUGUCUCUCUUUUGUUUUUCUUCAUUUUCUUUCUUCUUUGCUCCUUCUUCCUACCUUCAUUUCAUUUUAAGCUUUAUUGAAAAAAAAAAAAGUUUGAGUUUCUCUAGGGUUAAAUCUUUCAUUUGGGAUUCUUAAAAAAGUCGGGAUCUCUUAGUUUUAACAAAAUGUAAUUUCCCUUGGUGUUUCUGUUUGAACACUGAAGGUAGCCUUUCUCUUUGUUUCUUAAUGAACUUUUCAGUUUGAGUACAAUUAAUUAAUCAGCAACGG